UUCACGGUAAAUGGUUUCAUCUUCUUCAGUUCGUUCUGUGUUCCGCACUAGGGUUAAUCUCAAAUCUAAUUUCAUCCCCCUAAACAGAGAGAGAGAUAGAGAGUGAGAAACAGGAAUAGUAAAAUUUUAUCAAUGAUUUUUUCAUUAUAAAUGAGAAAAAGUCAUUUAAGAAAAAUAAUAUUCCUCCAUUGUUAAAUUCGGUCAAGUGCGGCUUUUUUUUCAUUCAUAAAAGUGCAUUCUGUUUAGAUAUUUGAAAAGGAGGCGCUCUUUUGUCAUCGCACACACCAUAAUCAUCUAGCUAAUUCUAUUUUUAUUUGAAUUUUUUGAAGAAAUAAAAGAAAGUGAACUCGGGAAAUCUUUCUGGAAAAGAAGAUUGGAAAUAUCAUCUAGAAUUUCAAUCAAUUGCAGUGUUGGCUGAGAACACUCACCCAGUAGUGGCACAGUAUCGUAAAACAAUGGAGAGUUUCAAAUCCAUAUUGUUCUAUUUUGGAACAAAGUAUGGAGUGACUCAAUAAAAAUGGAAAAGGCAGAUCAAGAAGCGUGUAUGCUGAGGGAUUCGACACCUCGGAGCCGGUGCGAGAACCGUCGGAAGGUCCUUAUGGUAGCUGACGGUGUCGCGGGUGCCGUGCCAAACGAGAUUCAGGGGUUAAAAGGCUGGCCGCGUCGCUGGAGCCAGUCGACAAAUACCUAUAUUUAGAAGAAUGGCCGACAGGAACCGAAACUUCCUUCGUGACAAUCCUAGCGACGCGGUGAAACAACAUCUCAAGAAUCAUAAUAAUCACAAUAAUAAUAAUGAUUCAGGAAUUGUCAGUCCACCACGAAAAGAGGGUCUCUACGUGAAGAAAGAUGCCAGCAAUUAUCAACGCCUCGUUAACUAUCAAAAGGAAGAAAUUCCACAAAAUAAGGACACAGAAUCAAUUGGUUCAAUAUCACGUGAUCAAAAAAAUAAGGACAAAAAACGUGGACCAGCGCCCAUUGUUGGCUGGCACAAUGGCAGUCCCACAGUAUUUCCCAGUUCACCACUUAGUUCACCCGAUCAGGAAAUAUUUGAAAAAUCCCCCAAAAAAACAACAACUCUUUCAGAGAAUACAAAAAUUGAAUCCAAUGGCAAUAAAUCGAAAUCAAAUGAAACGAGAAGUUCGUCCAGAAGUUCUGGAAUUGGACAAGAUUCGAAUAAUACAGAGAAUCUCAGUAGCAUUGCCGAUGAACGGCUAAUGUUAAAUACACCACCAUUUACAAUUGAUGGAAGUGAAUCAUUAACACCCGAUGGAGAAACACAAUUUACGACAAAUGAUGAUUUCAGUAUUGGUGAUGAGUUUCGUGAUAAAAUGGAUUUUUUGAGUCCAGUUACCGAUUGUACGGAGGAUAGAAUACCAGCGACUCCUGUUGAUAGUUAUUUGACGUCGCCAAAUCUUACCGUUGGUCCAAGUCCCACUGAGAGAAGUGAAAAUGAAACGGAGACAACAAGAAAAUCACCGGAGAAAACACAGGGAAUACUGGUUCAUCGAAAAUAUUCUGAUCCUGAAAAAAUUUUGAUAACAAAUCCCGGUUAUAUUGAUGUUGAUAAGAAACGAGACUCGAUUGAUGGUGGGGAGAGUAUACUGGAGAUAUAUGACGAUGAAGAUGGUUUGGAAUCGUUGAACGAUGAAACGGAGGAUAUUAAACCAAAGAUACCUGACGGCGGUUGGGGUUGGGUCGUAGUGAUGGCGUCAUUAAUAAUUUCCAUGGUGGCCGAUGGAGUUUCUUUCAGUUUUGGUCUAUUGUAUAGUAAAUUCCUAGAGGAAUUUGGAGCCUCAAAGGCUAAGACUGCUUGGAUUGGGUCAUUAUUCAUGGCGGUGCCUCUACUAUCAGGACCUGUGAUGUCAGCAUUGGUUGAUCGUUACGGAUGCAGGAAUAUGACAAUAGCUGGGGGUUUUAUAUCAGGAAUGGGAUUUGUUUUAAGCAGCUUCAGUAACAGCAUUGAGGUAAUGUACCUGACUUUUGGCGUCAUUGCGGGACUAGGUUUGGGUUUGUGUUACGUCACUGCGGUUGUGAGCAUCGCUUAUUGGUUCGAUAAGAAAAGAACUCUAGCUGUAGGUCUAGGGGCUUGCGGUACAGGUAUAGGUACAUUUGUAUACGCACCAAUGACUUCGUUUUUCAUUAAGGAAUACGGUUGGAGGGGAACUAUACUCCUAUUAGCUGGUACAUUCUUCAACAUGAUUGUCUGCGGUGCAGUGAUGAGAGAUCCAAAAUGGUGGAUUUUAGAGCAGAGAAAGCAGAAUUUAGGUUCACCGAAGAAAUCAACGGCGAGAUCGGAUGGUGCCAGAUCACCGAAUACUCCAGUCGAGGAGUUUCCCGGUGUUGAGGAACUUCGAAAAUUACUCAAGAGUGGAAAAACACCUGAGUAUUUGUUGCAAAGUUUGAGAACGAGUACGGAAACACCAACGACUGUUGACGGAGGGGGAACAUCUUUUAGGAGUGUUGUCAAUUUGCCGACUUUCGUGAGACAGAGUGAAAAGGUGCCUUUGGAGGUUCUAGAAUCCCUUUCUUCAAAUUCAAGACUGUAUAACGUAAUUUUGGAAAACUAUCCCAGUAUUUUGCUGUGCAGAUCCUUGUCCGACAAGAAGCUCGAUGAUUGGAAUCCUGAUGUAUUCAAUAAGCGAGGAGUCACAAUGUCGAUGAGGUUACAAGACUGGAUAAAGCAAGCAACGGACAAAGCAAAGCGAGCCCAAAAUCAGACGAAGGAUUCUCGUCCUGGUUCAACUCAUGCAUCAACGAAAGUUCUUGCCACCAGAAGAAUGUCUAGGAAGGACCUGGAGGAAACGAAUCCGUUAUUGGCAAAAGAAGUAGCUCAGGCUAUGGCUGAAGCCGAACGGGCGAAAUCCGUAUCGAGACAUCAUCUACCUGGAAUUUCAGGUGGCGUUGUUAGAACUGAUUCAUUGCCCUGGCUUAGGAGACAGUUUAGUACAAAUACUCAUUACUUCAAGGAUAUUCGAGUGCACAGAAAUUCUGUUAUGUAUCGAGGUGCUGUAUUGAAUCUCCACAAGUAUAGACUGAGAGCUAGUAGCUGUCCGAAUAUAUACAGAAACAGUAUGACGACUUUGGCAAAGGAGAGCGAGGAGAAAUGGUACAGUGAAUUGAUCGAAUUACUAAAAGGAAUGAUGGACUUUUCAAUGUUUCUCGAAUUACACUUUCUUUUACUGUCUUUGUCGACAAUUUUACUAUUCACCUGGUUCAUUGUCCCCUAUUUUUAUCUCGUUGAGCAUCUCAAAAGGAAUGGACACUCGGAGGAUGAGGGUUCUUUUUUACUUAGCAUCAUUGGAAUUACAAAUACAAUAGGAAUGAUUGGUUUAGGCUGGGCUGGCGAUCAACCUUGGAUGAAUGUCAGCAAAACCUACACUUGUUGCCUCGUUGCCUGUGGAGUGGCAACAUGUCUAAUGUCAUUUUUAACCUACAACUAUUAUUUCAUGAUAAUUGUCUCGGCAUUUUUUGGAUUAUUUUUUGCGAGUAAUUUUAGUUUCACACCGGUAAUUCUCGUUGAAUUGAUACCAUUGGAGAGAUUUACGACUGCCUACGGUCUGAGUCUUCUUUGUCAGGGUAUUGGCAAUUUAUUAGGACCACCAUUAGCGGGAUUACUUUUCGAUAUCACCGGUACAUGGGAUCUAUCAUUUUUCAUGGCUGGUGGUUGGAUUAUUUUCUCAGGAUUUCUCAUGGGAUUUAUUCCUUACACCACCAAUAGAAAAAUCUGGGGCAGUGGUCCAGUGGAAAUGGAGAAGGAAAGAGAGGCGUAUGCUUAGGAAAAAUAAUUUCUCCUUUCUGUUAGUUUUGAAUAAUAUAUUUAAGGGCUAAUUCCACCAAUCACAAUUAAAAGCUACAUGGUACAUAGUACGCUGUACCACAAAUGCAUUAAAUU